AUGACUACUGAAUGGCUUCUCGAUAAUGGCUACUUUCCAGAACUAGUAAUCAGAAAGGGUAUCCGCAUUGAGCUUAAAGACCGACUCAAUAGCAUUGCCGGUGGAUCCCUUGAGGAAGCUUCUUCUGCAAAGAUGGCACUUAUCGACUCUCUACGCUCCCGCCCCAUUGCCGAAAACGUUGAGAUUGCAAACAAGGAGCACUAUGAAGUAGACACCAUGGUCUUUGAGCAUACCCUUGGAAAGCGGAUGAACCGGACGCAGAAGGAGUAUAUCGACGCCGAAGCGAAGAGGCAAGGAAUCAUGAAUUUGACUAUCGUCACAGCAAAUGUGGCUGUUCAUGAAUUUGACCCAGCUUCUUUCGACAGAGUAGUCUCCAUAGAGAUGUUUGAACACAUGAAGAACUAUGAAAAGCUCAUGGGGAAAGUAAAUCGAUGGCUGAAGCCUCUCGGAAAGCAUUUUGUGCAUAUAUUUGCUCAUAGGGAGUUUCCGUAUGAGUGUGGGAGUGAUGGCUGGAUGGGACAGCACUUCUUUAAUAAUGGAAAUAUGCCUUCGGCAGACCUACUUCUCUAUUUUCAACGGGAUUUGAAUAUUGAGAAUCAGUGGUAUGUGAAUGGCAAUCAUUAUGCCAGGACCUGCGAGGACUGGUUGAAGAACUUGAACAAAAGCAAAAGCUUGGUGUUGCCAUCCUUGGCAAAGACAUACGGAGCGGGUGAGGAAUAUAAAUGGUUCUACCGCUGGCAGGUCUUUUACCUGGCAUGUGCCGAAUUAUUCGCAUGGCAGGGGGGUGAUACAUGGGGUGUCUACCAUUACUUGUUCACAAAACCGGUUUAA